AUGGGUGGAAAAUCAAAACAAAGUCAAAGAACUAAAAAUAAUGCCAGACCAUCAAGUAGUGGGCGCAGUGCAGAAUUGCUAAAUAAUGUUAUAAAUACAGACUCUACAUUUGGAGCAUUAAGCACUGGAAAAAUGGUGCCUGCUCUGUUUCCAACGAUGACACCUAUAACUGACAAUAUCUUAUCUAAUGAGUUUAUACUAGCCUUUAAAAAACUUAACAAAAAAGAUCCUAUAACCAGAAUAAAGGCAUUACAAGAGCUUUUGGAGUUGAUUAAUAAAAGUGAUAUAGAGGAGGUAGUGGCUGCUCUUCCUAAUUGGACUGUUUUUUACUUGAUGCUGACUGUUGAUAAUGAUCGAAAAGUUCGGGAACUUACACAGGCUUGCAAUGGAGCAAUAUUCAGCCGCAGCGGGCGCCGCGCCGCUCCGCACUUACGACGACUGUUGCCCGUGUGGCUGCUGGCAGUCCACGAUGAUUACGGACCCUCGAGACAUACUGCCUCCACACAUCUCAAUAGUACUUUCCCGGGAGCAAAAUUGUCUGAAGCGAUAGCGUUUUGCAAGACAGAGAUAGUGGCACUCGUCCUGGACAACCUCAUCGGAAAUCCUGAAGCAAUUUUGAAUAAGAAGAUAGAGGCGCCGGAGGAGAGACAGGCGGCGGCGGCGCGAGUGAGGGCCGGCAGUCUGGGCGCCCUCGGCCUUCUGCUGCGGUCGCUCCCUCCGCACCUUCCGCUGGACGCCGCGCUGCAGCCGCUGCUGUCGGCCGCCCCCUUCUGGAAGCUGCACGCGCACGAAGACCAUCACGUCAGGGCGGCGUGGUUCGAAGCCGCGGGGCGCCUCAUAGAGCGCGAGGGCGGGCGGCUGGGCGAAGCGAUCGGCGGGCGGCUGAGCGCGGCCAUCUUGGCGCAGCCCGAGAGGAGGCCCGACGUGGCGGCCGUUCGCUGGGCCGCGCUUCUGCUGAUGCUGCGCGUGGAGGAGUGGCAGAAGUGGGUGCAGAAGAAGGAUCUCCUCGUCAAAAGACUGUUGGACACCAUAGAGAACGGCGCCUGGGGCGACGCGAGCCUCGCCGGCGACAUCCUGCCGCCGCUGUUGGCGCGGUUGCCCGAGGACAUGCGGUCGAAGGAGCUGUACCGCGACCUGACGAGGGCGCUUUUCACCGGGUGA